CGUUUCCUGUGACGUAAUUAGUCGUGCCGACCGGAAGUAGAACAUUCGGAUUCUUGUUUCGACGGUGUUCUUUGUCGCCCCGUUGCAUCACACGAGUGUCAUACAAUCGUUUCAGUCGAUCCACUUAUUUGUUGGUCACAUUUUUCUGUCGGAGGAACAACGAGUGUCGGACCGUGUCGCCACAGCCGAGGAGCGGCUUCUUACGGUCAGAGUUGUGGGUGGGAGCCUCAGCGACCAUGAGGUGACGACUGUGCGCUUCAACAAGCCGGCGUGGUGGACAUAUGGCACGGAUCACGUUGUGGUUUCUGCCAGCGUCCUGGUACUGCGGCGUAGCCCCCAGGCAGAAGCUCCUGCUGUUGCUGCUGCUGGCCGCCUCAGUCCUGCUUCUCCUGGGCACCCACCAGAGGCUCCUGUGGGCCACCCGCAGACCACAUGGGACUCACUUCAGCAAGUACCUCUCCAGCGCCGAGUCCAUGGAGGCCACUGACGUGCGGGACGCGGGCCUCAACUACGGCGUGGUCGUGGACUGCGGUAGUAGCGGCUCUCGCGUUUUCGUGUACUACUGGCCCCCGCACAACGGAAACCCUCACACGCUGCUCGACAUACGACAGAUGAGGGACCUUGACCGGCAGCCUGUCGUCAAGAAGAUUAAACCGGGUAUUUCCUCGCUGGCGACGUCUCCAACGAGCGCCAGCGACUACCUGUAUCCUCUGCUCGGCUUUGCCGCCGCCCACGUGCCCCGGAACAAACACAAGGAGACUCCGCUCUACAUCCUCUGCACGGCGGGCAUGAGGCUGCUGCCCGAAAGCCAGCAAGUGGCCAUCUUGGACGACCUGGUGAGCGACGUCCCUCUGGACUUUGACUUUCUGUUUUCCCGCUCUCACGCUGAGGUCAUCACUGGGAAGCAAGAAGGCGUUUACGCGUGGAUCGGCAUCAACUUCGUCUUGGGCCGCUUCGACCACGCCGACGACGAGGACGGCACGGUGGAGGUGACCACCGGCUCGCAGCACCAGCGGCCUAUCAGCCGCCGCCGCACUGUGGGCAUCAUGGACAUGGGCGGUGCUUCUCUGCAGAUCGCCUACGAGGUGCCUGGCGCCAUCACCUUCAGCUCUCCGCAAGAGGAGGAGGCGGGCAAGAGCGUCUUGGCCGAGUUCAACCUGGGCUGCGACGUGGAGCACACGCAGCACGUGUACCGCGUCUACGUCACCACCUUCUUGGGCUUUGGCGGCAACAUGGCCCGCCAGCGCUACGACCAGCGCAUCCUCAACACAACGCUGGAGAACAACAGGUUGCUGAACGCUGCGACGGGCCUGAGCGAGGACAAACCCUACCUGGACCCCUGCCUGCCCCUGGCCCUGCCGCACACGGUGGUCCGAGACAACCUCACCGUGCACCUGAGAGGCCAGGGAGACUGGGCCCGCUGCCUGGACGCCGUGCAACCCUUCCUGGGCCUCCACAACGGCACCAUGACUGCAGGCGGCAUCUACCAGGCACCCAUCAACUUCAGCAACAGCGAGUUCUACGGCUUCUCCGAGUUUUACUACUGCAUGGAGGACCUGCUGCGCAUCGGCGGAGAGUACGACAGCGACAAAUACUCCAAGGCCGCCACGGAAUUCUGCGCCACCAGGUGGCCGACAUUGAAACAGCGCCUGGACAAGAAGCUCUUCUCCCAGCAGGCCGACAUCGACAGACUCAAGUUUCAGUGCUUCAAGUCGGCGUGGAUGUUCCAGGUUCUGCACGCCGGCUUCCGCUUCCCCAGCGACUAUCGCGGUCUGAGGACGGCGCAGCUGGUCUACGACAAGGAAGUGCAGUGGACGCUGGGAGCCAUCUUGUACAAGACGCGAUUCCUGCCACUCAGGGACCUCCAGCAGGAGGCGCUGCGCCAGAGCCACCCCAACUGGCUGCGUUCUUCUUUCGUUUACAACCACCACCUGUUCUCGCUGUGCCUGCUGGUGGUGGUGUUGGCCAUUUUGCUUUACAUCCUACGCCUGAGACGCAUCCACCAGCGAGAACAGCGGCAGGCCGACACGCUGGACAUGCUCUGGGCCGACGAAGGAGAGGCGCUCAUACCCUGACCAUUCACAGCUCCUCGCUCCGGAAUCACCACGUGGGGAUUUUUCGUCCGUAUGAAUCCCGAUCGAGUGAUCGCGCGAUGACGUCAUCCUUCUUGUCCUACACUUGAAUGAUUCCCUUGUCAAAACGUUCUCGCCGGGGUGGGCAAACUGUUGACGUGCGGUCCUGCUCGUUGGAAAAAAAAAAGCAAUGCGUAACCUGUAGUUGGUUAAAAAAAACAAAAAUUGUGAAAUUGGAUUAAUUACAAUUAUUCGUUUUGAAAUAGACAUCAUUGCUCUCAAAAAAUUUUCAACAUUUGUCUUAAACCGUGUAGUUGCAAGAAGAAUGAAAAUCAUUUUCGUACGGCUAGCUAGUUAGCUAGCUAUCUCAAAAGUAGUAAAAUAGACAACUUUCCACAUUUUUCAAAAUGAGAUUUUAUAAAAUAACUGGUUGGUUAUAAUCAAAUUAUAAUUAACGUGAUGGAAUGAUUUUAUUAUUGAAAGAAUGUACUCGACAUACAUAUUUUAAGGGUUUUCUUUUUAAUCGGUUAAUUAUAACUCCAAAUGAAAUGGAAAAAGCGAUCAAGUGUGAUCAACCUUUGCGGAUUAGCAUCACGGCUGACCAUCUAACACAGACGUCAAUUUAAAAGCUGAACAAGGAUAUUUUCGUUUUUUUUCUUCCCUCAUUGGCAUUGUGAAAUGAAGUUGUAGCCAAUUAAGCUAGCGGGCUAACGACAACCGAUCUGUCGGUCUCUCUCUCCAAUGAAGUUGGCCCAUGUCCCUUUUACAGAAGUUUUGUUGAGUUUGUCCACCCCCUUCGUUUGUCGUUUGACAGACAAGCGAUAACAUCUUGAUCAAAUGUUUUGAUCCAAAGCUGCUGUUGACUCUUAAUGACUCUUUUUGUACAUUGCUUUUUUUUGCUUGGCCAAAAAAACAACAAAAAAAAAGUAAUUUGUCCAAUGGAUGUGGGCACGGUGCAAUAGUGGGGAAGACACGAUUCAAAUGUGAAUACAAAUGAUUCCAUGCCAAUAAAACAAAGUUUUUUU